AUGAAAAAUGUUUUAAAAAAAAAGUUCGUAAGAAACUUUUGUUACAAAAUAUGUAUCGCAGGUGCCUGUAAUAGUGGUAAAUCUUCACUGAAUAAUGAUAUAUUAGAUAGAUUAAAUGUUAGUCAUAAAAAAUCAGUUAUAAGUAAUGUGGAAAAUUAUUGUAUAAAAAAUAAUGAGAAUGUUUUUAAACUUCAUAAAAAGAAAUGCUCUCUAACAGAUACAAUAGGAUUAAAUGAAAGAAUGCUAAAUAAAUUAGAAAAAUGGAAAUUAGAAGAUUAUAAUAUGGAUAUGGAAAAUAAUAAUAUUUUAAAAAAUUAUUAUAAUUUAAUUAUGGAUAGUAAUUUAAUAUUUAUAUGUAUAAAACAUUCAGAAAUAAGACAAAGUGAUAUUCUCUCAUAUAAUAUUAUAAAAGAUAUGUAUAAAAAUAUGGACAAUAUAUAUACUAUAGUUUAUAAUAAUAUAAAAGAUAUAACAAAUACACAACAUAAUGAUAUAAUACAAUCUUAUAAUUUUCUUCAUAUAUAUGAAUAUUUUACUAAUAUUAUUUUCUAUCCAUAUGACAAAAAUGAAGAUCUAACAAAUGUUAUUAAAGAAAAAAUUAUAAAUUUUUAUGAAAGACAAAAUGUAACAAGUCAACAAAAUGGUGACACCUUGAAAGAUCAUAGUGAAUUCAAAAAAAAUCAUAUCAAUCAAUAUAAUGAUAAUACAUUAAACAAUUGUCAUAUAAAUGAGAACCAUUUGAAUAAUGUUAAUAAAGAGGAACGUAAAAAACAAAAUGGAGAGGAAGUUCUAGAGGAAGAACUCAUUUUUAAUAAUAAUCAAAUGUAUGAUAUAAUUGACGAGAGUGUAAGAAUUUUUCAUCCCUCCAUAAGUUUGGAAACAAAAAAUUAUUUUUACAAAUUUGUAAAUUUGAAAAAAAAAGAUAAAUCUAAUAUGAAAUUAUUUAACGAUUAUUUUAGUGAACAAAUAUUGAAUAAGACUCCUUCGAAAAUUGGUCACGUAGAAUUUAAUGAAAAAAAAAAUAAAAUAUUAAAAAAAAUAAAUAAUAAUAUAAAUAAUAAUAAUAUAAAUAAUAAUAAUAUAAAUAAUAAUAAUAAUAUAAAUAAUAAUAAUAUAAAUAAUAAUAAUAAUAAUAUUGGUGAUAAAUAUCAACAUAAUAAUUUAAUUACAAUGAACAAUGUAAACAAUACAGAUGAAAAUACAACAGAAUAUAGAACAAAAGAAUAUUCGAUCAACACAAAUAUAAAUCAUAUUAAUACACAUCCUGUUGUUGAUAAUAUGUUUUAUCAAUAUAAUGAUAAUUAUUAUGAAGAUAUAAAAAAAGAACAAGAUUCCUUUGAAGAGACAUAUAGAAAUGAAGAUAAAAAUAAUAGUGAUCAUACAAAUAAAUUUAGAGAAUAUUUUUUUAACAAAAUACAAAAUAAUUAUAAUUUUGAAGAGAAAAAAAAAAAAGAUAUACAAGCAUUAAAAAAUAAAAGAAUUAGAAUACUGAAAAAUAUUCUUAAUAAAAAAGAAGAUGUUAAUCCAUAUGAUUUGAUAAAUAUAAAUGAAAAGAAUUAUAAUAAGGAUAUUCAAGAAAAUCAUACAAAUGUGCCUUUGUUUUAUGGUUCAACAAGUGAUAUUAUAAAUGAAGAAGACAAACAUGUAGACAUAAUGAAUAACAAACAUGUAGACAUAGUGAGUAACAAAAAUGUAAACGAUAAAGAUGUAGAUGAUGUGGAGCAUAAUAAUAUUGAUGAGAACAUCCAUAGUGAUGUCAAUAAUAAAAUGGACUGUAAUGUUGUUGUUAAUAAUUUUAUUAAUGAUGAUAAGGAGAAUAUGAAUAUAGAUCGACAUAAAAAUAAAAUAAUGAUGAAUGAUGAAAAUAUAUGUAAUAAAGAUAUAAAGGUAUGUGUGUUAGGAGAAAAAAAUUGUGGUAAAACAAGCUUAAUUGAAAGUAUUUUAAAAAAUAACAUAAUUAAUGAGAAUGAUAUAUAUGAACUAUUUGGAACAAGAAAAUAUAUAAAUAAUGAUAUGAGUUUUUAUUAUAAGAAUAAGAAGAUAGAAAUAUUAGAUACUUGUAGUUUAAAUAAACAACAUAAAUUUAAAAAUGAAGAUCAAUUUUUUGAUGAAAAUCAUAGAGUAUAUACUAAUAUAAGAAAAAGUGAUAUAUGUAUAUAUAUUAAAGAAAUUAAAAAUAAUAAUAUAAAUUUAAAUAAAUUUGAUAAAAAAAUGAUUUUCUAUUUAUUAAAAGAAAAGAAAAAUAUUAUUUUUAUAGUAAAUAAAAUAGAUUUAAUUCUAACAAACUUUGAAAAAAAAAGAAAUGAAUUUUUACAAAUAUUUUCAAACCUAUUUAAUGAUAUACCUAUCAUAUUCCUUAAUACAAAAAAUAAUAUACAUAUUAAUACAUUAUUAAAUAAAAUUAUUCAUAUUCAUAAAAUGAAUAAUAUUAUUAUAUCUACAUCUCUUUUAAAUAUUUUCCUUAUGCAGUUCUUAAAAUUAUUUCCAAUUCCAUGGUUAAAAAAAAAAAAAUGUCAUUUUAAAUAUAUAAAACAAAUAAGCACUAGCCCAAUCACAUUUCUUAUAUUUACAAACUUAUAUAGAAAGGUACCCAACAAUUAUCUUACUUUUUUCAAAAAAAAACUUAAACACGAAUUUGACUUACGAUAUAUAAAUAUUCAGUUUGUUUUUAAAACUACAUGUGAUAAUAAAGAGAAGGUUAAGGGCCCGCGCAUUAAAUGA